AUGUUGCCGACAACAAUUCUCUCUAUGACCGUCGAGAAUAUACAACCCGAACCCAGUAGCAACAGUUCCACUGUCCAGGAAAAUGCCAUCACCAAAAACGAACCCGAUGUGUCGGAACCCGCUACAAAACCGGCUGAAAACUCCUUUAUGGCUCCGCACUUGAAACCGUUGCGUCUCAAGCUCUUGAAGGCUUUUUUGGGUGCGAUUAUCUUCAUUUCAGCCUACGCCCUUGCUGUAUUUUCGCUCUACUGGGGUGCCGCUUACGACCGAGUUUCCAAGCUCAAAAAUCUUCGAAUGUUGGUUGUGAUUGAGGACGCGCCCGUGGGUAAUGUCCAGCCAGUAAUUGGCAAUUCUAUAAGGUCGUUGGUGCAGCAACCACAGGUGAAACGGUUGGGCGACUGGCACGUUUAUUCUGGCGAAGAGUUUGCAAAACAAGCUCAGAAACAUGACAAUACAAUUGAGGAAGAAGUGCUCGCCAGAUCCAUCACCAGGAGUUCUGGUCGUCUAUUUAUGUGCGUGAGAAUGCCACCUACGAUUUUUUCCGGGCGUUGCAACUGGCGAAUACAAGUUUCAAUGCCCUGGGCUCCAUUGUGUCGAUUUACGAAACAGGUCGCGAUAACAUGGCUAUGCUGCUGUACGUGA